UGUGUCUGCCAGUCGCAGCGAAUGGCAGUCGCAUGGUGUUUACGUAAAAGCCGCUUUAAAAGAUAACUUUUUCAAUAAAAACCAUCUUUUUUGAACUAAACGAAAGCAAAACACAAUGGCGGCCAGCUUGACUCGUUUGUUGGAGCGCAGCCUACGAACCACACACGCGGCGCAGAGCAAUGUGCGUCUUUUCAGCAAUAGCAACCAGCAACAGCCGCAGCCAGAAGUUGAGGACGACGAGGAGUUCCGUGUACUGAACCUGCGCCCAGUUAAGCAGCAAUUCCAGAGAAGGCGGGACAUCAAACGGGAUGAUGUUACGCCGCCGCGGACCACUCGCAUGGCUGUCGAUCAGGAUUGGACGGCGGCCUGGCCAGGUCCGCGUUCCUUCCACCCUGCUAGUGUGCCGUUGCCACUGCGACAGGGCUUCACGGAGCGCGGUGCAGCGGCGCCCUCAAAGUUUGCCAACGCCGAGCUGAUGAAAAUCCCCAAUUUUCUGCAUUUGACGCCGCCGGCGAUUCGGCAGCAGUGCGAGGCCAUUAAGAAGUUCUGCACGCCCUGGCCGAAGGGUCUGGAGACCGAGGCCAAGUGGAGGCGCCACUUUCCCGUAGAAGUCAUCACCACAGACUACUGUCAAAGUCUGCCCACGGUACGCAAUCCCGAGGCACGUCGCGUCACCGUCUCCUUGAAGCUGUCGGAUCUGAAGUUUGACAACCAUUCAAGAGACAAGUUCCUGCGUCUCGUGGGCGAGCGCUACAACAAGGAGACGGAUGUGCUCACAUUCGUGACCGAUCGCUGUCCCUUGCGAAAGCAGAACUACGACUACGCCCUGUAUUUGCUCACGGCCUGUUACCACGAGUCGUUCAUCACAGAGCCCUGGGAGGCCACCAAGUCGGAGGCCGACAUGGAGGUGUAUCUGUUCGAGCGGAACCAGGCCAAGCGUUCCACCGAAGCAAUCCUCAAUUGGAAUGCGGCGGAAGGUGCACAGAAAAAGGCACCCAGUGCCAGCUAUGCACAGAGCGUGGAGCAAUUGAUAAACGAGGGCGAGAAUGAGUACAACUUGGCCAAGUACAAGAAGGAGGUAAUGAAGAUGUUGAAUGUUGCGGCGCAGUAAAAAUUAACCAAUCGGCAAUAAAGAACAUUAUGCGACUUUAACAAGUUCUCAUCGUCUCUUGA